UCUGUCUACUUUUAUCAUCAUCAUCAUCAUUCAUCUUCCGAGUGAGUCGCUUUCAUAUGUUGUAUGGUUUUCAAUUGAUCUUCAUUGAGUUAUGUCGUUUCUUAAAUGAGAGGAUAACUUUUUGUUUUUUUUUGUUUCUCUCAUCAUCCUCAUCAUCUCAUCUCAUCUCAUGUUAAAAUCUCAUGGUUAUCAUCAAUUAUCAUCCUAAUCCUAAUCCUAAUCAUUAUCAUCAUCAUCAUCAUCAAAGUAGUUAAUUCAUUAAAUAUUCAAGUUGUGAAUUGAUUUCAUUUUUUUUUUCUUCUGCCAAAAUAAAAGUAACUUUUGUUUCUCGUUUCCAUGUUUUCCUGUUAUCACUUGAUUGUUGUGAUUAAUUAAUUAACAUCAUAAUCAACAACCAUCAUCAACCAUCAUGCUCAUAAUUAAUGUUACAAUGAAAUCAAGUACAGAAAAAUUACCCACAAAUGGAAAUGACCUGAAAUCAUCUUCAUCUGAUCUGUUAAUGAUUGACGAUUUAACCGAAAAUGGUUCUCAAAGUAGUACCAGUGCUAGUAGGAGUCUCCAUUGUAAUGGACCUAAAACCGUUGGUGGGACAAUCACCGGCACUACAACAACCAAACCAAUCGGAGUAGCAGUUAACAGUGUCACCGGUGGUACCGGGAGUGGACUUACAAGGGUCAAUCCAAUCAACAACACCUCCACCAUCACCACCACCAACAACAACAGUAGCAUUAUAAGUAACUGUAAAACAAAUACAUGUACCAAUAGUGGCACCAACAGUAGUAAUCCUAAUAGUAGUGUUUCCGGUGGUGUGACCCGGUUAAGGUCAAUUAACUAUGUAAACAAUGACCACUUGACCAGUGUGUUUUCAUCAAUGAAUAAUAUGAGGAAAAAUGGUCAACUUUGUGAUAUUAUUUUACAAGCAUCCGGAUCUCAAUUGAAAGCUCAUAAAGUUGUUUUAUCAGCUAAUUCUGCUUACUUUAACGCCAUGUUUAACAGUGAAAUGAGCGAGAAAACAAAAUCUGUGAUUACUUUACAUGACAUUGAAUUUAAUGCUCUUAAAUUAUUAAUUGAUUAUUCAUAUUCGGGUGAAAUUGUAAUCAGCGAGGAAAAUGUCCAAGCCCUACUGCCCACCGCAAGUCUACUCCAAGUAUCCGCCGUUCGUGAGGCUUGUUGCAAAUUUUUACUUCGACAACUUGACCCGACCAAUUGCCUUGGGAUAAGAUCAUUUGCCGAUGCCCAUUCGUGUGAAGAGCUACAUCAAACAUCAGAUAAAUUUGUGGUCGAAAAUUUUCCCGCCGUAGCUGCGACCGAAGAGUUUUUACUUUUACCAUAUAGCGAGGUUGAAGAUCUCAUUUCUAGUAAUCAUUUGAAUGUUCAUGAUGAAAACGAGGUUUACAAUGCGGUCAUUCGUUGGGUCAAAUUUGACCUGAAAUCACGAGAAGGUCGACUUGGUUCUUUACUUCAGCAUAUUCGUUUCCCGUUGAUUCAUAAAAAUACGCUUCUAAAUCACGUUUGCAAAGAGCCAUUGAUCGAGGGUAACCCGGACGGUAAAGAUUUGCUCAUUGAGGCGAUGAGGUAUCACCUUAGUCCCGAUCAACGAACCAGCAUUAAAAACAUACGAACUCAAUAUCGACGACCGAAAGGUUUAAAAACGUACAUUUUUGCCAUCGGCGGUGGUUCAUUGUUCGCCAUUCACAACGAGUGUGAAUUUUAUGAUCCAAUAAGUGAUACUUGGUGUUCGUUUGCACCCUCGUUCAAGAGGCGAUCAAGAGCUGGUGUGACCACUUUGGGACGAAAUCUUUUCGCCAUUGGUGGUUACAAUGAGAACAAGGAAUUAUCAUCUGGUGAAUUUUACGAUCCAAUUGUAAAUUCGUGGCAACCAUUAGCUCAAGAUAUGGGAACUAAACGCUCUUGUCUGGCCACUGCUUCGCUAAAUGGUCUGGUCUAUGUUGCCGGUGGUUAUGAUGGUGCUUCUUGUCUUGCUUCAGUUGAAAGGUUUGAUCCUCUUUCUGAUAUGUGGACAUCGGUCGAAGCGAUGACCAGUCGAAGGCGCCAUGGACGGUUAACCGUUCUCGAUGGGUGUCUCUAUGCCGUCGGCGGCUAUGAUGGUACUAAUUAUCAAUCGUCAAUGGAAAGAUUUGAUCCACGAGAAGGAAAAUGGCAGUUGAUGCCACCGAUGACAAAUCGACGUUCUAGUUCAGGAGUGGCCACUUUGAGUGGUAAAAUCUAUGCCGCCGGUGGAAACGACGGGAGCCUUUGCAUGAAUUCAGUUGAAAAGUUUGACCCAACUCGAAAUGCUUGGGAAUCAACGGCUCCAAUGCACACAAGAAGGAGUACACAUGAAGUGGUUGAAGCUGAUGGUUUCCUUUAUGCAAUCGGAGGUAACGAUGGAUCGUCGAGCCUGAAUACGGUGGAAAGAUAUGAAUUGAAAAAGAACCACUGGAUUCCGAUUAGUUCAAUGAUGUUAAGACGAUCGUCGGUCGGAGCGGCAGCACUCGAAUGUCCAAAUAUGGAGAAAAUUCUUGAAGCAUUGACCCACCACAACAACUUGACCACAUCAACGACCACUAAUGGCAACGCACCCGAAGCAAUAGUUCACUAGUUAGACUAAAUCACUGUUAAUUGUUACUUUGCUUUUCUCAUCAAUUCUGAGAUUUAAUUACCAUUGUUUUUUUUCAUUCCCUUUGUUUACCUUCACUCAAAUUGAGACAAUUAACCAGACAAUUUAUUAAUUACUCUAAUCAUCAUUAACCAACGUCUCUUUUUACUGGCAAACCACCAAGAAGCCUUGAGUUGAUUGAUUUUUUUUUCUAUCAUGAUUAAGAUCACCUUAAUUUAAAUCAAUCGGUGAUCAGAUCACAAAGAUAUUACCUUAAUUAUUAUGCUUACAACCAAAGGAUUUAAUUGUUUAACCUUUUUUUCUGUUGACAAUUAUUAUUGUAAUUUGUUCCUGUAGUUUAAUUGAUUGAAAAUCAACUGCAAACUUUUCUCCUUCUCUGAACAAUCAAUUAAAAAAUUGAAUCAACGUUAAUUUCUUGCUGAUUUAAAACAAUCAAUUUUCAUCAUUAGAAUUUCCUUAAAUGAUUAUUAUUAAAAAAAACCUGACAAUCUGGACCACAAAAAUGAUUUGAUUAAAAACCAAAAUUGUACGACAGUUAAAUAAAAAAUCAUUUUGAUAUCUGAAUAAUU